AUGUCAAGCUUUUUGAAUCGUUUAAAAAAUCUCAAACCAGGAUUAAUUCAUUCCAAUAAUAACGAAAGUGACACUGGAUCAAUAUGUUCAUUCGAUGAAGAAGGAUUUCUUUGCCCAGUCUGCCAUCAGAAAUUUACUGACACCAGUGGACUUGAGCGUCACUAUCUACAAACUCAUUCACAAGUACAAGCAGCUACCAUCUAUGAAGAUACAAAUGGUAGUAUUAAGCAUUCAUCGAGACAUACAUCGGCUGAUGAUCCUCUUCAAGAAGCUGCUAUAUGGAAACAACAAUUUUGUGGAUCAGAAGAAAGUCGAAUGAAAUUAAGUAGUGAAUUAAUGCAACAGAGACAACGUGUCGGUGAUCUUGAAGAAGAAAUUGAUUUAUUACAUAAACAAUUACGUACUACACGAAUGAAAGUUAUUGAACAAUCACAAGCAAUUGGAAAUUUAAAAGCAACCAAAGACGUUUCUGAUGCACAUUUAGCUAUGUUUACUGAUGAACUUCUACAAACACAAGGUGAAUUAAAAGAAAAACAAAAUCAAGUCAAUACUCUAUACAACGAUCUGAUACCAAGACCAACCAAUGAUGAUGUUGAUGUCUUAAAGCGUGAAUUGAUUAGUGUUCAACAACGUAUGAACGAUAUGUCAUUAGAAAAAGAACAAGAAAAUGAAAAACUAAGAAAUACAGUUCUAGAAAUUUAUGAAUAUGAUAAACGAUUAGAUCAAUUUGAAAAUACAUUUAAUAAAAAUAUUUUGAAUUAUGAUGAAGUCAUCAGUAAUCAUACAUCUCAAGUUCAAAAUGAUAUUACUCAAAUAAAACAAGCUGUUCAGUUGACACGUGUACAAAAAGAAAAAAUGAUUGCAACUAUAAAAUCUAUGCGUACUUCUUUAGAUACAAAUCAAAUAGAAAUAAAUCAACUACAACAAGUAAAUGCUCAGUUGCAUAUGGACCUUGAGAAUCAAAAUCAAUCAAACCAGGAGUUGAAUAAUGCUUUAGAAAACGAACAAAAGCAAACCAGUUCCUAUCGAAUUCAAAUUGAAACAUUGACUAAUGAAAUUCAAACAUUAGAACAAGCUUUAAAUGAACUGAGGCAAGAAAAAAAUGAACUAUUAAUAACGAAAGUCAACAAUGAUCAAAAUGAAGAUGAACGAAAUGUUGUUAGACAGUUAAUACAGGAAAAAGAGGAAUGUGAACAACAAAUAAAAGAGCUUCGAAAAAAAAUCAAACAUAUUCAGGAAGAUUUUGAAAAUAUCUCAAAACAAUUAACACAAAUAAAUCAUGACAAAGAUCAAUUACAAGUUGAAAAAGUACAAUUGAAUACUGACAUUAAUUCACUCAAACAACAAUUAGAUGAUCUUAAUAAAGAUAAAGAACAACAAAUCAAUGAGUUAAAUCAAGAAUUAUCUUCUGAACGUGAACAAUAUAUCAGUAUUAAUACUAAAUUAGAAAAUGAUUUUCGACAGGCUAAUGAUAAUCAUAAACAAGAAAUGGAACGAUUAGAUAAUAAUUUUCAAGAAAAUAAUUUAAAAUCAACUGAAAAAAUAAAUAAAUUAGAAACAGAAAUCAAUGAAUUGAAAGAAUCAAUUCAUCAACAAGAAGAAUUAUUGAAUGAAACUAAAUUACAUUUAAAUAGUGUCCAAAAAGAAAGAGAUAAUCAAGACAAAGAAUUAGGAAAUAGUAAACAAGCUAUCGAUGGAUUAGAAUUAGGAAUUUCUCAAUUAUCUAUAGAAUUAGAUGAAAAAAAUAAAUCUAUUGAUCGCUUAACUGCUAAUAUUCGUCGAAGUAUUGAUCAAAUGAAUAAAACUCAACAAUAUAUUCAGCACAAUGUUUAUACAAGUCAAAUAAAUAUAUUAGCCAUUAUUGAACAGUCUGAACAAGAAUCUCAAAAAAUUCGUUCUGAAACACUAGAAGACAUUCAUCAGGAAUUCACUAACUAUUUAUCUGUUGUGCAUACAAUUAUCGUUGACAAUAAAACUAAACUAGCAGAACAAAUCGAAGCACAGCAGAUUACAGAAAAACGUUGGAAUAAAAUACACACGGAACACAAUCAAUUGACUAAAGAAUAUAAUGAAGAAAAACAAAAAUUUGAAACACAAAUAAAUGAACUUCAUAACAGUUUGUUGAAGGUAUCCGAAUCGUUGACUGAAGUGACACACGCAGCAGAUCGUCAACUAGAAAAAUUCGAAAAUCAAAUUGCUUCACUUGAACACGAGCUAACCAAGGCACAGUCUGAUCUUGAAUCUCGAACUAAAAAAUAUGAAAUGCAAUUCUCAGCAUUAACAGAAAAUUUAGCUACUGUCCGAGGUGAAUUGAAAGCAGCUCAUGAAAAAUUAGUUCAUUUUGAACAAGUGAAAAUUGAAAAAGCUGAUCUUCACGCACGUUUAAAUGCAUCACAAGAUGAAAGUCAGGUCUUAUUAGAUCGAUCGUUAACCAGUGAAAAUAGAAGUGAAAAACUUCUAUUAGAAAAUGGCCAAUUAGCAAAAAAGAAUUCUGAUUUAGAGUCUGCUUUACAAGAGAUCGCUCGUGAAUAUCAAAGUCUUCAAAUUUAUACCAAUAAUAUAAGUCAACGUCGAUGGUUAAAUGAUCAUGAUGUACAUGAAUGUAUGAAAUGUAAUCAAACAUUUUCUAUUACGCAACGUAAACAUCAUUGUCGAAAUUGUGGAAAUAUAUUUUGUGAUACAUGUUCAUCUAAAACGGCUAUUGUUGCAGCAGCAUCGAAAAAACCCCAGCGAGUUUGUGAUCAAUGCUUUAAAGAAUUAACUCCUUAA